UUACUAUACGUGUCGAUGAAUUCGAACAUUGUCACUUGCCAUUAGUUCUUCUUCCGAGAAGUAACAUAUCCAUAUUUUUCAAUUAUCCCUAUUUUUUUUUAUAUUUCUAAUUCUUGAUCAUCAAAACAGAAGACAAAGGACAACUACUUCCGUUCGCCGGUGGACGACAUUAUUUUUUCAAAAUUUCGGAAUGUUCAACAGACCUCAGAGUGCAACUACGAGGAAGGAGACUGAAAUGAUCAAUAAGGCCCAGAGAGCCAUACACACAACCACGGAUUCCAUAGAAAAAUUACGUUUACUCUGCUUGGCCAGAGGUGCCAAUGGCAUCCUUGGCCUUGGCAGAAUAUUUCGUCGUAUGGACGAUGACGGUAACAAACAAUUAAAUUUGGAGGAAUUUACUAAAGGAUUGAAAGAAAGUGGUUUAGAUAUAUCAGAUGAAGAGAUAAACGAGAUAUUUCAAAAAUUCGACACCGAUGGAAAUGGAAAUCUUAGCGUCGAUGAGUUCAUCACUGCUAUAAGACCUACGAUGUCACCAAGCCGUAUAAAAGUAGUUGAACAAGCUUUUCAAAAAUUGGAUAAAACUGGUGAUGGUGAAAUUACGGUGGAUGAUUUAAAAGGCGUGUACAAUGUUAAAUGUCAUCCACGUUAUAUAAGUGGCGAAGAAAGUGAGGAAAGUAUUUUAAAUAAAUUUCUCGGUAAUUUCGAACAAAAUGCAACGAAAGAUGGAAUCGUGACUUUAGAAGAAUUUAUGAAUUAUUAUAGUGCGAUAAGUGCGAGUAUCGAUUACGACGCGUAUUUCGAUUUAAUGAUACGUAAUGCUUACAAGCUUUAAAAGCUUUCUAAUUAAUUCUAUAUUUUUAUUAUUAUUAUUAUUAUUUAUUUAACGAUAAAUUAAAAAAGCAUUUCACAUGCACACAAGCUUCUGUUUGAUUAGAAAUUAUUUUGACGAGAAUGAUACAAAAGUUUAGGAUGCAAUUGCACGGAAAUUAUUUAAACAAUGUUAUUACAAUUUUUAUGAAAAUAAUCUAUUAUCGAUCAUUACUAUUAUAUACGAGUGUUGUGAAUGAUUAUAUAAGGAUCGUAUAUAUAUAUAGAUGUAUAUAUAAUUUCGAUUAUCAAAGUUCUCCACGUUAUCUCAAUGUUUGACAAAGUUGGUUACAGGGACCAAUGUAAUAAUAAUAAUACACGUGUACAUUCAUUUGAAAUUUUAAAAUCUACAGUUCUGUUUUGAUUUUAA